UUUGUAAAGGGGAAAACCCCCAAAUAAUGGAGGAGAAGUGUGGAGAGCCAUUGGAUAAUACAGAUGAAAGAGAGAGAAGAGAGAGAAGAGAGAGAGUGUGUGUGUGUGUAAGAAGAGAUGGCAUGGAGAAUCCCAAUGCUCAGAGACACUGAGACACAGACAGCAGAGCCCUACUGUUCACUCUCCCUUGUGACCAAUUAAAAUAAUCCCAACCCACAUCUCCAUUUCUGCAUAUCACACCCACCUCUCUCUCUCUCUCUCUCUCUCUCCUCAAAGCCCCCAAAUCCAAUUCACUCUCCAAGAGCCCAUAACAUGAUCUGAAUUAAAAAUUCAAAACAGCAGCAAAGAAAGAGAGAAAAGAUUCGAUUUUUGUUUUUGAUAUUUCUAUUUGAUCAAACACCCAGACUCAGAUCAUCCCAAAUUCAGAGACUGAUAGCGAAACUGAGACGAAAAAGAGUGAGAGAAGGGCUUAUGGGGGAGGACCCUUCAAUCCCUUCAUCCUCUUCAUCCCAAAUGUCCGAGGACGACGACCGAUCACCGCCGUUUGAUCUCAUCGACGGUCAAAUCGCCUCCAACAAGGCCCGGAACUGCUCCGGAGUAUCCGGGUCAUCCGGGUCGGGCGGAAACUCCAUCGAGUACAGCGUCCCCUACUCGGACCAAGUCCUCGAGAACGUUCUCGAAAACGUGCUAUGCUUCCUGACCUCUCGCAGCGACCGCAACGCCGCCUCAUUGGUCUGCAAGUCGUGGUACCGUGCGGAGGCCCUCACCCGAUCCGAGCUCUUCAUCGGCAACUGCUAUGCGGUCUCUCCACGCCGGGCCACGGCCCGCUUCACCCGGGUCCGGGCCGUGACAAUCAAGGGGAAGCCCCGGUUCGCCGAUUUCAAUCUCAUGCCGGCCCAUUGGGGGGCCCACUUGGCGCCCUGGGUCUCUUCCAUGGCCAAGGCUUACCCUUGGCUCGAGAAGCUUUUCCUUAAGCGCAUGUCUGUGACGGAUGACGAUCUUGCCCUCUUGGCUGAGUCGUUUCCUGGGUUUAAAGAGCUUGUUCUUGUUUGCUGCGAUGGGUUUGGGACCAGUGGGCUCGCCGUGGUCGCUAGCAAGUGCAGACAGCUUAGAGUGCUUGAUCUGACUGAAUCUGAUGUUAUGGACGAUGAUGUGGAUUGGAUAUGUUGUUUUCCGGAGAGUCAAACCUGUCUCGAGUCUCUGAUGUUCGAAUGUGUAGAAUGCCUCAUAAAUUUCGAGGCAUUGGAGAAGCUGGUGGCUAGGUCACCUUCCCUGAAGAAACUAAGCUUGAACCGCUUUGUUUCAAUUGGGCAGCUAUACCGUCUGAUGGUUCAAGCGCCCCAACUCACACACUUAGGAACGGGUUCAUUCAAUACAUCAGAGGUCAUGGCUCAGGGUGAUCAAGAACUGGAUUAUCGCUCUGCUUUUGCUGCUUGCAAAUCCCUAGUGUAUCUAUCUGGGUUCAGGGAAAUCUUGCUGGAUUACUUACCUGCAAUUAACCCUGUUUGUGGUAAUCUCACCACUCUGAAUUUCAGCUAUGCGAAUAUCAAUGCAGAACAACUUAAAUCAGUCAUAUGCCACUGCCACAAACUCCAGACCUUCUGGGUACUCGAUUCAAUAUGCGAUGAAGGACUUAAGGCAGUAGCUCGAACUUGCAAGGACCUGCGUGAGCUCCGGGUUUUCCCAGUUAAUGCUCAGGAGGAUAUUGAGGGUCCUGUUUCCGAGGUGGGUCUCCAAGCAAUUUCUGAGGGUUGUAGAAAACUGCGAUCUAUUUUAUAUUUCUGCCAACGUAUGACAAAUGCAGCUGUGAUAGCCAUGUCAAAGAAUUGCUCGGAUCUUGUGGUGUUUCGUCUCUGUAUAAUGGGGCGCCACCGGCCUGACCAUGUUACCGGUGAGUCCAUGGAUGAAGGUUUUGGAGCAAUUGUUAUGAACUGCAAGAAGCUCACCCGCCUUGCUGUCUCUGGUUUACUGACUGAUGGAGCUUUCAGUUACAUUGGAAAAUAUGGAAAAUUGGUUCGAACUCUCUCAGUUGCCUUUGCCGGUGACAGUGACACAGGGUUAAAACAUGUGCUUGAGGGCUGCUCUAAUUUGCAGAAGCUUGAAAUCAGGGAUAGCCCUUUUGGGGAUACAGCAUUGCGCUCUGGUUUGCAUCACUAUUACAAUAUGAGAUUCCUCUGGAUGUCUUCGUGUACAUUAACUCGCCAAGGUUGUCGUGAGAUUGCUCGAGAACUUCCCGGCCUAGUGGUGGAAGUAAUGAAAAAUGAACAAGAGGAAGACACGGGUGAGCCUGAGAAUGUCGAUAUACUAUACAUGUAUCGAUCCCUUGAGGGAGCCAGGGAUGAUAUUCCAAAGUUUGUUGAGAUCCUAUAAACUUUGCACUUAGAAGUUGUUUCAAAUUGUAUUAUGGCGGCAUCUGAGCAAGUUAACCCUUGUUUUCGGGGUGGGGGGGAAGAAGUGUUGUGCGGGUGAUUUUUAUAUAUCCCGCGAGGUGGCUGUUGCACAAAAAUGAUUAAACAACUUCUGAUCCUGGGCUGGGCUUUUGCAGUGACAAUCAGGCACCACAUGUGCAAUGGCAUUCAAAGGAGCACCGUAGACUACAGUUAUUUGCUUUGGUUCUUCAAGAGAAAUCGGAGGAGGGGUGCGGAUGCCUCUGCGAGGUAUUGGAUUAUCGAAUGUUGUAUUGGUACGCUUCUAAAUUUAAUGUUUGUUUUUGCUUCCAUAUUCAUUUGAUCAUAAACAAAGGCUGCCAGAGGCGAACGGAGGGAGGGUUUUGCGAGCUGAUUAGAGACUGAUAAUUUAUCCAUCUUCAAAGGAACCAUAUUGUUUAUCUUUUGUCCAGGAAAUGGAGAUAGUUCUUGGAGUGGAUAUUCGGAACAGGUUGAAUUUCCACGUUUCUAGCCUCUUGUGUGCCACCAGUAGAGAAGUAAAGGAAGAGAGCUUAGUCUGUUUAGUUUUUAUUCAAAUGGUAGUUUAGUGUUUAAGCUGUAGCUGGUGAGAUUUAAAUGCCUAAACUGAUACAUCAAUCUCAUUCUCUCUUUCUUUCUCUUUCUCUUUCUCUUUCAAAGUGUUUGUUUCUUUCAGAUGUGUUGUUGUAGCACCUGACUGUUGAAUUUAUUAUUGUUAUUGUUAGCCAAUGUGA